CGUGUGUAAGUAAAAGAGACCGUUACUUGAGAACUGUCUUGAGACAAGACGUACAAUUAGGGUUCUACAGCCACUAUUUCACACUAAAAUGUCACCAAUACCAUCGUAGUCGUGUUUAUAUCCCUUACUGGCUUCCUUUUAUUCCAUUGAGGCUUUUUCCUUUCCGACCGCGAAGCUGUUUUCCGACUGCUGUUAUGUAAAGCGUCUUACCACUGCCAAUGUGGAACAGAGGUGAUCUUGACGAUGGAUACGAUUCGAAUAAAACAGGUUCAAGUAGUGGCGGCUCUCCUGGGUGGGUUCCUACCCACGAAUCAUCCUGGCACAGCAAGCAGCCUGGACCUGGGAACAGCAUUUUUGGACGUAGACACAGUGCUGUGUCCGACAGUGGUGACACCGGCAUUGGUACCUACUGCUCUGAUAGCGUGGAAGAUGACUCCUGCUCAAGCACCACACCUUCAUCUCUCCAGCCGUUGUCCCGACGUCACUCUAGUCAGGAGGAUGGGUUCGGCGGGAGCGCCCCGGUUGUCCACGCCAAGCCAUCACCAUCCACAUCAUCAUAUGCCGGUCUGAGAACGACAACCUCACCCAGCAGCACCGCUCAUAGGACCAAGUCUUGCCAGCUGACUCCUCCUACCACGUCUCCCCUUGGUGCACAAAUUACCGUUGAAAUGCAGGAUCAGCAGCCCAUCAGGAGGUGGUCCUCUCUCACUAAGUUAUCAUCUGGUGUUGAUAAGAACUCCAAGAAGACGUCAGUCCAUCAACACAGUGCAGAUUCACAUGGCUCCCUGGACAGGGGUCUGCUCUAUGGCUACAGAAAAGAACCCCGUGGUUUAAAUAGGGACCUGUAUUUACCUCUAUCUUCCUCCUUGCUCUGUCACAGCUUAUUACAACGCUCUCCUGGUGCAGGUCCUUAUUACUGGAGCAAACAUAGUAGUAGAUCUGCUUUGGAAACUGAUUUAUCACUGUCCUCAUCUCUAUCCUCACCUAGUAAACACAGCAGUUUGGACAUGAACCAUAGUAGUUUAGCAGAAGCUAAGAUGGCUCUUGGAGGUAGUCAAGUUUAUGGCCUCAGUUUAUCAAAGCUAGCAGACUCAGCUCUUGGUCACCCAGUUGACAGAGACUCCCCAAUUCAGCCAGCUGUCCGCACACAAAUGUGGUUGACAGAGCAGAUGGAAUAUAGCUCCAAAGUAGAACACGGAGGAGAAAAUGGCCAGAUGGUUGGUAGUGAAACAAAGAUCUGUGGUGGAGAUGGAGCAUCACAUGGACAAGGCAUGAACCAGACGCUGCAUGGGACAUCCCAUUUUGCCAACACUUUAGUGAAGGUUAAAGAGGGAAUGCUGAGACAAAAAGAACUUGAGAUAGAUAGACAGAAGCAACAGAUCCUGCAACUCCAUGCCCGCAUUCGAGAAAAUGAGCUGAAAGCCCAGCAGGUGCUACAUAGUCAGAGGUGGUUUGAAGACCCUCAAAUUUUGAAAAUGAAGAAGUCAGUGAAGGAAGUACCGUCUGAUCGACUGUGUUGCGAUGAAGAACUCAGCAGGAAGCUGGCAGUGUCCGAACUGGAAGUACUUCAUCUUACUGAACUGUACAAGCAAGCUACUCAAAAAUAUACUGAAGACCUCAAGAAACUGGAAGAUAAGAUAAAGACUAGGGAUCGCUACAUCUGCAGUCUGAAGAAAAAAUGUCAGCGAGAGAGCGAACAGAACCAAGAAAAACAGCAACGCAUCGAAACUCUAGAGAAGUACCUUGCUGACCUGCCAACUCUGGGUGAAGUACAAGUCCAGGCACUGCAGCUGGAAAAGGUGCAGUUGAGAGCUCAGAAUCUGGAGAAAACGGUCUGUCACUUGCAGAAAAAAUUGCAAGACAGCUAUACUCUGUUGAAGGAAAAAGACAUCAAGCUUGAGAUGCAAGCCAGGAGAGAGAAGGAGCUGAUUGCUUCUGUACACGGGUUGCAGCAGAAGGUGCAGAGAUGUUUGGAGGAUGGAGUGAGGUUGGACCUGAAGCAUCUUGAGGUGGAAAAUUCUCAACUCCUGGAGAAACAAGACCACAGCAGCAAGCUCAUUGAGCAUCAGAAAAAACAGAUUGAGAGGCUCAACACACAAGUGAAGGUGACCAGUUCAAGACUUCAGAAAGGAAGAAACCUUUCACAACAGUUAAGUCCUCCAGACAACCAAGAAGGUUCAUCCUUUGACUCUACAACCCUGUCACAGGACAACACUCAGUCGAAUGUGGAGAUUCCACAAAUGGGGCGACUCUUGAAGGAGCUGUCCUUGUGUCUUCUGGACCUUCAGGCUCUUCGCAGCAUCCUGGUGCAGAGAGCUCAAGGAAAGGAACUCAACUUGUCCCUGCUGCUGGGCAUGACAUCAUUGAGUCUGUCUGCAGAGGAGAGCGAGUGCAGCGACGCGCAGGAGGAAGUCAUCCCGUUGAAGCUGCUUGAAGUCAGCCAGCUGAGGAGGGGCAUUGACGAACUGAGGAAAAACAUUGCCGAAUGCCACAGCCACUAUGUGGUCGACAGCUGAGAUGCCACCAGCUUUCACGCCGGCCAACUGGAAUGCCGCUUUUCCCUUUCUUUCCAUGUCCAAUUAUGCUAACAUGGAAACUCGCAUGGGCUGUGUGAAUGACCCACUUCUGACUCACGCCAUUGAUGCAGUCAUUUCCAGGAAAAGAUUGGUGAAAGUGGCUUCCAAGGGACAAACCAGUAGGACUAAUGGAAAAGUGGCCAACAGAGUUCACCACAGCUAUGCAAAAUUAUUAAACGCGUUUUCACACUUUGAUAUGUGAAGUUACAAAGUCUACAUUUCAACCAGUAUGAACAGUUAAGCGGUUUUAGGCUUCAGGUUUGUGGGAAUUUUGGCACUUGUUAUAAUUAAGACCUAAUCCUCUCAAUAUUACAACUUUAUUUUCAAACAAAUAUGACUUUGUUCCAAUGUUGCAAUGUAGUUUUCCUUUUCAGUGUUUCAACACACAUUAAUUUGUUUUCUUAAAAUGUGCUUGCUCAGAAUUAUGGCAGCUUGAGAGACAAACUGGACAGAGAUAUUACGUCUUCCCUUGUUUGACAAUGUUAUUCUUGUAUAGUCCAAAAAUGUACUUAAUGUGACAAUAUAUUAAUGAAUUAUUUUUGUAUAGUUUUAUAUUUCUUGCUUGUAUUUAUAGAAAAAAAAUAAUGUAUUCAACAACAAUGUACAGACAAGCAUGGCUCAGGAUUAAUUUUAAUGUCAGUACACCAUGCAUAAUCUUUCCAUAAUUGCUUCCGUCCAGAUAUUCGAUUGUGUAUAAAUGAAAUAGUUUUGUUAUGCAUCAUGAACAGUUAACUUAAGCAAAUGAUGAUUUAUGUUUCGCUGCUUAUCAAACCAGAACACAGAUAUUGGUUUAUGUAUUGGAUGUCAUGUUUGAUCCAUAUUAAGCCCUUUUUUUUUUUAAAUUAAUAUACCAAAGGGAAAAAGUG